AUGUCGAAUAAUUUGAAUAAAAGUGAUGUUUGUUUUGAGCUUUUGAAUAGACGUCCAACAUCGAAGUAUCAAAUAUUUAUAUUUUCGGGAGCUGGUUCUCCUGCUUCAUUUUAUCGAGAAUGGACUAAACAUUUAGACAAAUAUGAUUUAUUUUUAAUAAUUUAUCCAGGAAGAUUAAAAAGAACAAGUGAAAAAUUCUUUACUACAAUAAAAGAAUAUAUUAUAGGAUUUAAUCAACGACUUAUACCAUUUAUUAAUAAACCAUCGAUUUUUAUUGGACAUAGUAUUGGAACUGUGAUUAAUUUUGCAUUGGCUCAACACAUGAUUGAAACAAAUAAUAAAAGAUAUUUAAUUAAAUUAUUAGUUGAAGUGGGAAGAGGACCACCUCAUUUACCAGAUCUUUUGUUCAUUCUAUAUAAGAUAUAUAUAUAUAAAUCUGUAGAUCCUGAUAAAUCUUUUGCUGAUAUGAACGAUGCAGAGAUUGUUGAAAGUUUAAAGAAAAUGGCAGAUCCUAAAACACGAGAAGUUUAUGAUUAUCCAGAAUUUGUUGAAAUGUUAAUACCUAUGUUAAAAGCUGAUGCAUAG